GUCUCUUUAAAUCAGCCUAAUCCGUUCCACCAUGUUUGUGUCUUUCAUUCUGCUAUGGAUCUGUGUGAUUUUCUUCAUUCUCUGUCUGAAAUGCCAGAGACCAAAGAACUUUCCUCCAGGGCCUGCUCCAUUGCCGAUACUCGGGAACCUGUUGAGCCUCAGCCUGGACAACCCCAUCAGGGAUUUUGAGAGACUGAGGAAGUGCUAUGGAAACGUCUACAGUAUCUUCCUGGGACCCAAACCGGCCGUCAUCAUCAAUGGGGUUCAGGCCAUGAAGGAGGCGAUGAUGACCAAAGCUGCUGAUUUUGCAGGACGACCCCAGGACAUAUUUGUCAGUGACCUCACACAGAGUGGAAUGGUUCUGGCGGACUACGGUCCCAGUUGGAAGGAGCAUCGCCGCUUUGCUCUGAUGACCUUGAGGAACUUUGGUCUGGGGAAACAAUCGAUGGAGCAGAGGAUUCUGGGAGAGAUGCAUUACACAGUGGACACACUGGAAAGGAGCAUUGGUACAACGAUGAGUCCUCAGGUUAUGUUCCAUAACGCAGCCUCCAACAUCAUCUGCCAGGUUCUGUUUGGUACGCGGUACGACUACGACGACAGCUUCAUCAAAGUGGUCAUUCAGUGCUUUAAAGAAAACUCUAAGAUAGCUAAUGGACCCUGGGCUAUGCUGUAUGACUCCGUUCCAAUGAUCCGAAACCUGCCGCUGCCCUUCAAGAAGGCGUUUAAGAACAUUAAGACCUGUAAGAAACUCGUAACUCGUCUGCUGACUGAGCACAAAGACACCAGGAUCCCUGGGCAGCCACGAGACUUUCUUGACUGCUAUCUGGACGAACUGGAUAAGAGAGGAGAUGGCUCCUCUUUCUGUGAGGAUCGACUCCUCAUGUUCAUUCUGGAUCUUCACUUCGCUGGGACUGACACCACGUCCAACACCCUGCUCACCGGCUUCCUCUACCUCAUGGCCUACCCACAUAUACAAGAGCGAUGUCAGCAGGAGAUAGACCAAGUGCUGGAAAAGAAGGAUCAUGCCAGUUAUGACGACCGACACAACAUGCCCUACAUGCAGGCUGUGAUCCAUGAAGUCCAAAGGGCCGCCAACACCGUCCCUCUGAGUGUCUACCACUGCACAACAAGUGACACAGAGCUCAUGGGAUAUUUCUUACCCAGGGGUACAUUGAUCAUCCAAAACCUGAACUCGGUGCUGAACGAGGAGGAACAGUGGAAAUUCCCUCAUGAAUUCAACCCUGAAAACUUCCUGAAUGACCAGGGAGAGUUUGUGAAGCCAGAGGCGUUUAUGCCUUUCUCUGCAGGUCCUCGUAUGUGUCUUGGCGAGGGUCUGGCUCGCAUGGAGCUCUUCCUCAUCAUGGUGACUCUGCUGAGGAAGUUCAAGUUCGUCUGGCCCGAGGACGCAGGGCAGCCAGACCUCAGCCCCGUCUACGGCGUCACUCUGUCUCCUCAACCUUACCGCAUGAAGGUCCAGCUCAGGGCCAUGCAGUAGACAACACUGAGGACACAGUGAGGAUUGAUUCGUGGAAACAAGAGGUCUGGAACAAUACACCAAAUACAGUAAAAAAUUAUAUUUUCGUAAAUUCACCUUAAAUGGACAAAAUAUAAAAAUGUUUUGCCUGUUUCUUGACAUAAUAAAAUUACAUGACAUUGUCCAUUUGGAGAGCAAAGACAACAUCAAGUGAUUGGCUCCCUCAAGUGGACAAAAAUGUGUACUGCAUUUAAUAAAGUUUUAUUUCUGAACAUGAGCAAUAGGGCACAGGCUGCUUCAAGAGGGAAAAUAUUAAUGUCGUUGUUACAUGAGCCAAUUUGUCUUAUAUAAUGUGUUGGAGAAAUGCAUUUUAUAUACCGUAUAUUAUCAUGAAAUUAAAAGCCUUGUCCUCUGAUAUAUUACAUGACUUUCAGCAUACUUGUUAAAACAAUUUCACUGGGGCGUCAGUGGCUUAGUGGUAGAGCAGGCGCCCCAUGUACAAGGCUGUGGCCGCAGCGGUCUGGGUUCGAGUCCAGCCUAUGGACCCUUGCUGCAUGUCAUCCCCUCUCUCUCU